GUGUGUGACUGUAAAUGAGACCAACACAUGUCUUUGACACUUCUGCAGGAGUUGGAGUUGUCCUCUACAUCUAGAAAGAAAAGAAUCUCUGAGGGAUUAGCCACAGCAGCCGCAGUGUAAGGCUACGUUAUGGCGCUGCUAUUUGGAGCAAUGCUUGCUCGGCUUUCUAUUUAUUAGAUAGCUGUAGUCAAAAUGUGUCGUCAUAGCUUUAAAAAGACAUGAUCUCAUCCAGAGCCAAGAAUAUUGACGUUCCAAGAAGAUGGUGCAAGAAAAGGCCAAAAAUUAUUCCAUUUCUCUAAAGCCGUAAGCGUCCUUUCCUGUAGUCCAGACAUGUUCUGCUGGAAGAGGGCAUUUCCCCUUUCGCUGCGCUUCUUUCCGAUGCGCAGCUUAAGCUCAGAUCCUCUCCUGCACCAGCUGAUGACCUGCACGAACCAAUUCCAGAUUUUCCAACUCGUUGGGAUCCACAAGUCCAAACUUACAGUUCAGCACGUGGGGUGCGCAAUCAACACGUUAUGGGAGAUUCAGAAGGAGACACCGAGCAAAAGCUUACAUUUUGAAACCAUCCGGAAUCACCCGGAAUUUAUUGCCCUUCGCAUCCUUGCAGAGAAUAAGAUUGACUUCAUGAAUGACGCCACCUUGGUGAAUACGCUGUACGCCAUAAUAAGGUUUAAUGUGGAAGCACAUGAUUCUUUGGUGCAGCAGCUGCUAGUAGAAGGCUGGAGAAGACUGGAAAGGUUUGAACCAGAGACUCUAUCGAAAUUUUCAGUUUGCUUGGAGAAAACUGACCUAGACACCAGUCCACUGAUGGGAGAGGUAACCAAUGCGCUGAGCACAAAUCUGGAUGAUAUACAAAACAUCAGAAUCUUGUCCAAUCUUAUGGUCAAGACAUUCCCCGUCACCUCUACAAGGCUGCAGCAUCGACUGAUCAAAAAGGCGGAAUCCCUGAUGGAGACGAGUGAUCGCGUCGAUGUGCACAGCGUCCGCAGGAUUGUCCAGUUCCUCUUCUCCAUGAAGUAUGACUACCAGCCCCUCUUGGACAAAUGCAACCAGGUUUUUGUGCGGGACAUAAAGAAGAUGAGCACGGACACCAUGUGCAUCGUCGCCUCUCUGUACCGACAAAUGUCCUUCAAGCAGUUUGAGUUUCAGGUGAUGGCAAAGUCGGCUCUGCUCGAAUUAUCAGACCUGUGGAAUACUGCUGAUCAUUUUGGAAAGAUAUUUUGUGCCUUAUUUCCCAUGGCUUCCCAAGAGACAAGAAAUAAGCUUGAAGACGACCUUGUAAUCUUGGCAGAUAAGAUCCAUCAUAUCAGCUUGGUGUAUAUCCUGGAGACCAUGGCAGAGGCAGAAUGUAGAAAUCCCAUGCUUAUUCAAAAAAUCUGUUCAACCAUACAGGAUAAUCUGGAUCAUUAUCAGCGACUGUAUUUAUGUAAAAUAACAGAUGCCCUGGUCUGCCUGCCCUGCCAAAAUUAUCAACUGUUUGCCGACCUACAGAAACGUCUGACAGCCUACAUGAAGACGUGUUAUGUGCCCACCAUCUUGGUUAUGAUGACCAGGUCCUUGUCAUUACUGACCCUUACUAAAGUGGAUGAGACCAUCCUGACUAAGAUCGACGCGGUCAUCCCCCAGUGCGAUCUCAGUGACCUGAACAGCAUUGCUAACAGCGUCAUCCGGUGGCUGCAGCCGGCCCGGGUGUCCAGGCAAAAUAAAUCUGGGCUGUAUGAAAAGCUCCUCCAUAAAGUGAGCCGACACGGACUGGAGAGAGUCAGAAACAUAGACAACCUUGAUAACCUGCUAAAUGAACUGACGUACAUGAUGAAUGGCCAGUGGCUUCACAAUAUGCUUCUAGACGACAUCCUGCACUCCUGCCAGCGCCUGCUGCAUCAGGUCACCUGGAGGAACGCCCCGUUUCUGGCGCUGGUUAUAAGUUACUGUAAUACUCUGUGUCCUCCAGUACUGGACAAGAUCGCCGAAGUCACCAUGGAGAAUGUUACAAAGAUUCAUCCCACUGACUUGAACAGAAUAUUGUAUGCCUUUAUCAAUCUGAACUACGAUCCCCCGCGAGAAGAAGAGUUCUUUAAUCUGUGCAUUCAGCAUAUACUCGUGAAUCUGAAUUCGUUCCCUCCUCAUCUCAUGGUUCUGGUUGGAUUCACACUUGCUGUUGCACAAUAUUUUCCAGAAGAGCUGAUUAAAUCAAUUUUUAACAUUGGUUUCCUAACCAAACUGGAUUCUGAACUUGACACUUUUCCAUCUGACAGAAGCUCCAAGAUACGAAUGCGUCUGAUGCAGUUAAAUCGAGCGGUCUGUCUCGAGUGCCCUGAACACCAGGUUCCUUGGUUUCAUGAAGAAUACUGCCGACAGAUGAAGCAAAGAGAUGCCAACUCCAAGAGAUCCAUAUAUCAUCAGAUUCACCUAUUUCUGGGAGAUCUCUUUGGAGGAAUUAACUAUGCCAAGAUGUUUGUAACCACCCCCUAUUACUAUACAGUAGAUUUUGAGUGCAUACUGAGCAAAAAUAAAAAACCUAUUGCAUAUAUGGAAGAGAACAAGCUUUCCUCUAAUGUGGCAGAAGUACAGUGGGGCCUGGAGAGUCAGAUGUGGGAUAACAAGUCCUUACCACAAGGGGCUCAGAGAGUCGCUAUUGAGUUUCUUAAUCCAGUGGCAUUUUGCAGAAAUUCUUCCAAGAUCAAAGGGUUAAAUGCCAUGAAGAAGAGACAUUUGGAGAUUCUGGGGUACUAUGUAGUGCAGAUCCCUAGUUUUGAAUGGAAUUCAAUGGAACUAGGAACAAAGGACGCCUGGAUUAACUACCUCAGGAAGAAGAUUUUUGCUAAUGAGCUAUAAAAUGUUUUAUGCAAAUUUGUAAAUAAAC